UGCCGGGCGGCGGGAGCGGCGGGGCCAUGGCCAUGGCGCUGUCGCUGGGUGAGGGCGGCGGCGGCGGGAGCCGCCUGCGGCGGCAGCUGGAGUCGGGCGGCUUCGCGGCGGGCGAGUACGUGAAGCAGCUGUCGCAGCAGUCGGACGGCGACCGGGACCUGCAGGAGCACCGGCAGCGCAUCCAGGCGCUGAGCGAGGAGACCGCGCAGAGCCUGAAGCGCAACGUGUACCAGAACUACCGGCAGUUCAUCGAGACGGCGCGGGAAAUCAGCUACCUGGAGAGCGAGAUGUACCAGCUCAGCCACAUCCUCACCGAGCAGAAGGGCAUCAUGGAGGCCGUCACCCAGGCCCUGCUCCUCCAGGCCGACCGCGACGACCCCGCGCUGGGCGCCCGCCGCGCCGCCGCCGCCGACCCCUUCCUGCCGCUGUCGGCCAAGGACGCGGCGGCCAGCGAGGAGGGGCGGCAGCGCACCCUCACCACCCUCCUGGAGAAGGUGGAGGGCUGCCGCGACCUGCUGCCCGAGAGCCCUGGCAAGUACCUGGUGUACAACGGGGACCUGGUGGAGUACGACGCGGAUCACAUGGCGCAGAUCCAGCGGGUCCAUGCCUUCCUCAUGAACGACUGCCUGCUCGUGGCCACCGCGCUGCCCAACCGGCGCGGCGCCUACCGAUACGACGCCCUGUACCCCCUCGACGGGCUGGCCGUGGUCAACGUCAAGGACAACCCGCCCAUGAAGGACAUGUUCAAGCUGCUCAUGUUCCCCGAGAGCCGCAUCUUCCAGGCGGAAAACGCCAAGAUCAAGAAGGAGUGGCUGGAGGUGCUGGAGGAGACCAAGCGCAACCGGGCCCUCAGCGAGAAGCGGCGCCUGGAGCAGGAGGCCCUGCCCCGGCCUGCCCCAACGCCCCCCGAAUCCACCAACCCCUUCGAUGAGGAUGAGGAGGAAGAGGAGGAGGAAGAGCCCUCUGCUGAGGAGGAGGUUGUAGACCUCUCACUCGAGUGGAUCCAGGAGCUGCCUGAGGACCUGGAUGUCUGCAUUGCGCAGCGGGACUUCGAGGGGGCAGUGGACCUCUUGGAUAAACUCAACGAGUACCUGGCGGACAAGCCUGUGAGCCAGCCCGUGAAGGAGCUGCGGGCCAAGGUGGACGAGCGGGUCCGGCAGCUGACAGACGUGCUGGUGUUCGAGCUGUCCCCAGACCGGUCGCUGCGAGGGGGGCCGCGGGCCACCCGCCGAGCCGUGUCCCAGCUCAUUCGCCUGGGACAGUCCACCAAGGCCUGCGAGCUCUUCCUGAAGAACCGGGCAGCCGCCGUGCAGACGGCCAUCCGACAGCUGCGCAUCGAGGGCGCCACGCUGCUCUACAUCCACAAGCUCUGCCACGUCUUCUUCACCAGCCUUCUAGAGACGGCCAGAGAGUUUGAGACGGACUUUGCUGGCAACAACGGCUGCUACUCGGCCUUCGUUGUCUGGGCCCGCUCUUCCAUGAGGAUGUUUGUCGAUGCCUUCAGCAAGCAAGUAUUUGAUAGCAAAGAGAGUUUGUCAACUGCGGCGGAGUGUGUCAAGGUAGCUAAAGAGCACUGCAAGCAGCUUAGCGAGAUUGGAUUGGAUCUCACCUUUAUCAUUCAUGCCCUUCUGGUGAAGGAUAUCAAAGGCGCUUUACAGAGCUACAAGGAUAUCAUCAUCGAGGCCACCAAGCACCGCAACUCCGAGGAGAUGUGGAGAAAGAUGAACCUGAUGACUCCAGAGGCACUGGGGAAGCUCAGGGAGGAGAUGAGGAGCUGUGGGGUGGGCAAUUUUGACCAAUACACAGGUGAUGACUGCUGGGUCAACCUUAGUUACACUGUAGUAGCUUUCACUAAGCAGACUAUGGCCUUCUUGGAGGAAGCUUUAAAGCUUUACUUUCCAGAGCUGCAUAUGGUUCUUUUGGAGAGUCUCGUGGAAAUCAUCCUGGUGGCUGUCCAGCAUGUUGAUUACAGUUUACGGUGUGAACAGGACCCUGAGAAAAAGGCAUUCAUUAGGCAGAAUGCCUCUUUCCUGUAUGAAACUGUCCUUCCUGUUGUGGAAAAAAGAUUUGAGGAAGGAGUUGGAAAGCCAGCCAAGCAGCUACAGGAUCUGAGAAAUGCUUCAAGAUUGAUGCGUGUAAAUCCGGAAAGUACCACCUCUGUGGUGUGAAGUGACCGAACUGUUCCCGUGGACAGGCUGUGGAAGCACUUACUGAAAAUGUUGUACCUUGAAUACAUGAACUAAGUGGGGGUUUUUUUGAGUCCCUGAGAAAUGCAGAGCUUUUAACUGCUGCAUUUCAGAAGCUGAAGACUUGGAAUCAAUGCCUGCAAGCAUGCAAUGCUUUACUUGGUGGAUGGGGGCUGGGGAAGUGAGAAGGUCGAGGUCACAUGUCCUCGGAUGGCAUAUCCUGUAAGAAGGGCUUCUGUAGUGUUUGUGACUUGGGAAGUAACUAUAAUACGCAAUUUUUGGCUAAUUGUCUGUGAAAGUCCUAAAUAUAUGUACAGCGUAUGGCAGGAAAAGAUCAAUUCUCAUCAUGUCACUGUAGGAAUUCUUUUUUAAGGCAGAGUGCUGGUAGGAGGGGAAGUGCUGGAGCACUCCCAGGGUGUGGUAUUCGGUGAGGCACGUCCACCAUCCAGAUGUGACUCAGCACUGCAGAUAAAUGACAUGGAUUUGCUCAGUGUGAUUUGUGUGAGAACAAUGCAGACUUUUCAGUUUCUGUAACAUUCAGGUUUUUUUCAUUCAUUUCAGAGGCAGAUCUAAAUUAAAAGUGUUUUCAGUAUAGGUUUUGGUGUUUAGGUGAAGGGGCUUAUUUUAAUAAGCUUGCCUGUCAGCUUAAAUUGCAGCUCUCUGAAAACAAACCUGCUGUCAGAUCCAUUUGUUCCCUUCAAGAGGAGUGAGAAUAAACUGCGUCUCUUACUCUCUGUGUUCCUCUUCUAUGUUUUCUCAUGGAUUUCACUGGGGUCAUGUCCACUGAAUGAAGUGUGCACUGUUGCUUGAGGUGCUGUCAUAAAUUCAUUAUGGGCCUUUAUCUGCUGGUAGAAACCACAGUGAAGAGGCUUAAAUCUUCUUGAGACUUGCAGGGCAGGGAGAGAGUCUGAAGGUAUUGUUUUGUUUGGAAGAGACAGAAGGCUAGUUUUGCUGUACGGAAGCAGCACCUGAUGAAGAGACUGUAUUGAGGCCUUUCGCAAAUGAUGUGAACUCCAAAAUACAGGGCCUGCUGCAAAGGAUAGUAUCAUUUCCUGUAAUACAGCAAUAACCAGUGAGAACUACCUUUUUUGCAGAAAUCACGAGAAUUCGGUUGGGAACUCUAAUGUUAAUGGGGGAAGUUUAUACAAAUGCUCGUAUGUUUGGAUUGAAUGGUGACGGCUGGCUGGUGUAGUAUAUGUCUGUGAAAAUAAAAUAAGCCAAGUCUUGUGUCAAGGCUGGCUUUAGAAAGCUGUCAGCAUCAACUUCUGAGCCGUGUAAACUUCUUCCCCUUUGGUACAAACUUUCUUAUUUGUGAGAAAGUCAUGUUACAGCUAAAUAACCUUGUCCUAGUCCCUCAGUAAGUGUUCUUAACUGGAAUAAUUGACUAUCCUAUUCCUCUAGCACUUUUGAAUUAAAGCUUUUGCAAUUUGUAUUGUGUUAAUGAAUGCCUUGUGACUGCCCAGACAAACAACAGAUGUCACUAGUAAAACAUUCUGCAUAACUGCUUAU